UGCAAAAGUGCCUGGCAUAUAGUCGAGCCUGCGGUGUUAACGAGGGGGACAGAUAUGCCGGGCCGCCUUUAAAAGUGGCGGCCGGAGACGGCCGAGGCCUGUCGCUUUAAAAUGCCGCGCGCCGCCGCCGCUGGACACCGUGAUCGGCCCGCCGCGAUCGUCGGGUCGCCACUUCUUCCACCUUCCCGUGUCACCCUGUUACUUAUACUGAUGUUGUCGUUAUUGCCUACGACGUUGCUGUCAGUGAGUGCCGGUCCGAUACCCGAUCUCACGCGGGAGUACCGGAAUCUGGUGAUGUCGUCCGACAGCUCGACGACCGACAACUCAGCGGACAAUUCGACGGACGUCACAACCAACACCGACGUGUACGUGAUAAAAGCGGUGGUGUAUGAAAUCGGGAUUCUCACAGACACGGAUAACACGACGACGGACGAGAACACCGAGAGACACGAGAGAGUCGACAUAUCGCUGUUCGAUCCGCCGCGCGCGAACGACGAAUUCUCGUGACGGCCGAGGACGCUGUUUCCAUCUCUCUCGAAGUGAUAACGAGAAGGCAGGCGCAAGGUUGCACACUCAACAUGCAUUUGAGAACGUGAAGUAAAUGACGAAAGAUGACGGACAAUACACGCUAAAAACACGAGGAAUGCAGGAGAGUGGUAUUUUUUUUUUCUCUCCGUAGCCGCGCGCAUAGUAAAUUAUUCAUCAUGCGAACAACGCAUCCGGUAAGCGGGGAAUCACUAACACAACGUUGUUAUUAUUACAAUGAUAUUUUAUAACAUGUGACGUUUUCAAUGAUCAUCGUUCUUAAUAUUGUACACGUCACUGUUAACAAUAUUCGAUCGAAACAUUGAAAAUAACAAUACUCCCACGCUAUGAUUUUAAUAUUUAAGGACACGAUAUUAUCAAGAGUUUAGGAACAUUUAUAAAAUAUUAUAUCAAAAUGUUUACGAAAUCCGCAUAAAAUCAAUGUUUCGAUAAAAUUGACUUAAUGUUACUUGCUUACCGGAAUAGCACGUAGAGAUUCGCACAAGAGUGCGCAAGAAGGAUGUACGAUGUGUGAAGGAUCAACGAAAAAUUGUAAAGAAAGUAAAUCGAUCUACAAAGGAAAGACCUGAUUAUUAAACUUUCCGUUGUCGACGACGGCGCGGCGUCGGAACGAAAAUACUUUGGGAUUUAGAACAAUGUUUUAUUAUUUCAUCAUUUUAAUUAUGAACAAUAUCUCGUGUGUACAACGCUAUAAACACAUUGCUGCUGCAAAACCUGCGAGGCAGAAGAAAGUUUCACGGAACAAUCAGGUAACAUAAUUCGCAGAAUUGCCGUUUCGUCUUUUUUUUUCUCUUUUUUUUCCCCGUAGAAUGACGAGAGGUAUGUGUACCGAUAUUAGGUAUAUGAUAAAGGUAGAGCUCGGUCGAAGCAUGCGCAACAAGUCGAAGAAGGUGUAAGUUUUCCUGUGUGUAUUUUUCCGCUGCCGAUUCAACGCCAUUUAUCCUCCCUCCUCCCUCUCUCUCUUUCUGGAAGAUCCUCGUGAAAGACUUACGUAACAGUCGUUUAAACUCGUACGUAUGUAUACAAAUCUUUCCGCUCUUCUCUCCUCCCCUCCUCCUUCUUCUAUCUUUGAGGGACGUAAGGUAAGCGCGCGCAAGUUCGUCGAGAGAGCUCCCGUUUCAUACGAUAUCACGUGUAAAUUUUGUCCAAAUAUUAUAACAAAAGGUAAUAAAAAUACACAAUUUUCUCACACACACGCACGAACCCACACAUACACGCGCACGCACACUCUCUCUCUCUCUCUUUUAUCUUUCCGCCCGUAUCAUAUCGUUGCACUAACGUACGCUCAGUUAAACAGUAGG